GCGGGUCCAGAGGUCGCACUGCCGACGGAGGGGAGAGUUGAGUGUGUUAGACUCUGCACAAAGCUACCUACAGAAUACCCUCUGGAGUAGUAGAUUCGAGAACAGUAAGCAUUCAACAGAGGAAAGAUGGCUCAAGCUGCUAUUUAGUUUUGACUGAAUGAGCAUUGUUUUUGAAGCACUCAACAGUGAUGAAGAAGGGGCAAUUUGGUAUGAUGUGCUCCCGCGUUUAUUGCUUCCAAAUUGCAAGAAGCAAUAGUCUCCAAGUCCGCCUUUACUGUUCCCAAGCCUCGCAGAAAACAGUUACCAAGGCUCUAAGUGAAAAUAAAGAUGCUACACCUAUGAAAUUGGUAGAACUGGGAAAGAAUUUAAGCAAAAAGACAAUACACCACAUCCGAACCACAGCUAACACCCUGUGGGAAAACUAUGAGGAGUUUGUUGGACUGAAAGAAGUUCAAGAGGCACAGCUGAAUGUCACAGAGGCAGAGAAAGCAUUCAUGGUUGCCCGUGGUGUUGUUCGACAAAGCCAGGAAACCCUUGAAGCUCAGCAACUGAAAUUGAAGGAGGUUCGGGAUAAAUUAGACAGAGUCUCACGGGAGGACAGUCACUAUCUAGAGCUGGCCACUCAAGAACAUAAACUGCUUCAAGAUGAAAGAAGACAUCGAACAGCCUAUGAAAAUGCAGAAGAAGCUGAACGUGAGACAUUUGCUCUCUUCUCAGCAGCAGUGAGGGAAAGCCACGAGAAAGAGCGGGCCAGAGCAGAGAGAACAAAAAACUGGUCUCUGGUGGGGUCUGUGUUGGGAGCCAUAAUUGGAGUCCUGGGGUCAACUUAUAUCAAUAGAGUUCGGCUUCAAGAGCUGAAGGCAUUACUUCUUGAGGCACAGAAAGGGCCGAUGAACUUGCAGGAAGCUCUUAAAGAACAGGCGUCCAUGCACCAAAUCCAAAAUAAGGAGCUGAAUGCACUUGUGACCAAUUUGAAGGAAUUGGUUGGCCAAAACGGUGCAGUGCAGCAAGCAGGGAAGGCCACCACUAACACCGGAAAAUCAGAAUCUGUUUUGAAACUGGAUCCUUUCAUGAUCUCUCUGAAAGAACAAGCAACUUCAUUGAAGCGUACCAAUACAGCAUUAGAGGGGCUGGAGCAAAAGUUAAAAAAUCUGCAAAUGUCACUUGGCCAAGUGGCUUCUGACAUCAAGACAGUAAAAGUUGUUGCACAGACCAAGCCAUGGCAAACAGUGCCUUCAGAAUUGACACAAGAUUGGCAGACUCUAGCAACAGAGGAUGUGAUUGUUGGUUUAGCAGAGACUGAAAAAAGGCUGGAAUAUCAAAUCAGAACCAACACUGUGUAUAGCACGGUGCUGACAUGUGCUGUAUUUGCCCUCACACUCCCAGUAUUGUAUGUGUUCUUCAGAGGGAAUUAAAAAAGAUGCUGUAUCUCAGAAGCUUGUAAGUUUUGUAAUGUUUCCCAAAAUUGGAUGCCAUUUUCCAGCAAAUGGUGAAAAUUUACUUUGCAAUUGAAUUGCAUUUUUGUUUCAAAUGUGUAAGGGUUUGUACUGAUCAAUACUUGCUUACUGAUUUAGAGCAUGUAUUUGCACAGCAUUUCAUAUCUUUAAAAUAUCCAUAGAAAAGUAUGAUACUGUCAAAUUUAAAACACAUUCAACUUCAUACAUUAAAACAAAAUGGGAGAAGGAGGGAGGGAGAAUUAUAAAUGAGGAAGAAUGGACAAUAAUAUGGAGGUAUCUUUGGAAGUGUACCAGUUCACAGAAAUGGAGGGAGUUCGGAUGGAAAAACUUGAUAAGAUAUUUUAUUACACCCUCUCAGAAAUCCCAUUAUGAUAGUAACCUCCCUGUUUGCUGGAGAAAUUGUAUGAAAAAUGAAAGAGAAAUGAAAAAUUAUCAUAUUUUCUGGGAAUGCCCCAUUAUCAAAAACUACUGGAGUGGGAUACACAAUGUCCUACAAGAUAUCUUUAAAUGUGAAAUACCCUUAGAAAGCAAGACCAUAUAUUUUGGGUAUAUACCUCAAGAAUAGCUGAAGAAAUUUAAUAAAUCUUUAAUGAAUAUACUGCUGGUGGCUGGUAAAAAGACUCUUACUAGGAAAUGGUUAUCACAGAAGAGCCCAACCUUAAAUGCAUGGAUGGAAAUUACAAUGGACAUUUACAAAAUGGAGAAGAUAACAGCAUCUGUUAAUCAUAAGCUGGAACAAUUUGAUUCAUACUGGGAAAAAUAGUUUAACUACAUAACACCUCAUAGGCCUGAUUUUAUUCUCACAAAUCAAUGAAUAUGUUGUUAAAAAAAAAGAUCACUCCCUACUUGUACAUAGUUUUCUCCUUUUGCUUGUUCUUUCUUUCCUCUCUUCUAUAAGUGUAUAGCUCAGGUAAAUAUGUGAAGAUUUGUGUCAUAUAUGACUAUAUGAUAUGUAUGUACAAUGUCUGAAAUACAUCUUAUGGAAAUGUUUGAUGAUGAAUGUCAAUAAAAAAUAAAUUACAAAAAAAAGAAGAAAAAUAUAACACAGAAACAGGCCCUUAGGCCCACCUAGUCCCAUUGACCUGUAUCCGGACCACAGCCAUCAAUACUCCUACUGGCCAUGUACCAAUCCAAACUUCUCUUAAACAUUGAAAUUGAUUCAAGUGCACCACCUGCACUGACAGCUCAUUCCACACUCUCAGGAUCCUCUAAGUGAAGAAGUUUCCCCUCAUGUUCUUCUUAUAUGUUUCACCUUUCACCAUUAACCCAUGAUCUCCAGUUGUUGUCCCUCCAAACCUCACUGGAAUAAUGCCUGCUUGCAAUUACCCUAUCUAUACCCCUCACGAUUUUAUAUACCUUUGUCAAUUAAUCUCCCCUCAGUCUUCUAUGUUCCAAGGAAUAAAGUCCUAACCUAUUUAAUCUUAUCAGUCAGGUCCACCAGUCCCAGCAACAUCCUUGUAAAUUUUCUCUGUACUUUUUCAACCUUAUUUACAUUUUUCCUAUAGGUAGGUGACCAAGACUGCACACAAUACUUCAAAUUAGGCUUCACCAUUGUCUUAUACAACUUCAACAUAACAUCCAUUCUCCUGUACUCAGUACUUUGAUUUAUGAAGUCCAAUGUUCCAAAAGCUUUCUUUAUGAGCCUAUCCACCUGUGAUGCCACUUUCAAGGAAUUAUGGGUUUGCAUCCCCAGAUCUCUUUGUUCUACUGUACACCUAGGUGCCCCACUGCUCACCAUGUAAGACCAACUCUGGUUGGUCAUACCGAUGUGCAACACCUCGUAGUUGUCUGCAUUAAACUCCCAUCAGCUAUUUUUCAGCCCCAUUUGCCAUCUGGUCCAGAUCCUGCAAAUGUGUUGAUCCAGUUAACUGCUUUAUCAGCCAGAUUGUUGAUAUAGAUGACAAACAACAACAGACCCAGCAAUGAUCCCUUCAGCAUUCCACUACUCACAGGCAUCCGGUCCGAGAGGCAACCAUCUACUACCACUCUCUGCCUUCUCCACAACGCCAAUGGCUAAUCCAAUUUACUACCUCAUCUUAAAUGCCAAUGACUGAACCAACCACCCAUGCGGUACCUUGUGAAAUGCCUAUGUAGGCAGCAUCCACUGCAUUGCCUUCAUCGACUUUCCUGGUAACUUCUUCAAAUAACUCUACAAGAUUGGUUAGUCACAACCUACCAAGCCGUGCUGACGAUCCCUAAUCAGUCCCAUCUAUCCAAAUACUCCUACAUCCAAUCCCUUAGAAUAUCUUACAAUAACUUUCCCAGUACUGAUGUCAGGCUCACCAUCCAGAUAUAUUGUAAUGCAGAGCAUUCAACGUCAAUGGUCUUUGCAAUGAAGUAACAAGAGAGUAAAAUGUUCCUAAAAUGCAUUGCUCACAAUUCCAAACCCUCCUUAAGUUCCUUCAGAAUCCAUGUCUUUGGCAAUGUGCAAUACACUGUGGUUAACUUUAAAUCUUAUUAAAUCUUAGAGCA